AUGAAGUUCGCCGCUGCCUUCGCUAUCCUCGCCACCAUGGCUGCUGCCGCCCCUAUGGCUGAGCGCGAUACUGCUGUCACCGACGUCCAGGUACUCCAGUACGCCCUCACGCUCGAACACCUCGAGAACAACUUCUACUCCACCUACCUCGCUCAGUUCUCGCAAGAGGACUUCGCCAAGGCCGGGCACCCCGACUGGGUCCGCAACCGGUUCCAGCAGAUCGCCGAGCACGAGCAGCAGCACGUCUCACUCCUCUCGGGCGCUCUCGGUGCGCAGGCCGUCAAGCCCUGCACGUACAAGUUCCCGGUCACGGACGUCAACUCGUUCGUCGCCCUCGCCAGCGUGGUCGAGAAUGUCGGUGUGUCGGCCUACCUCGGCGCGGCGGCAUCCAUCGUCGACAAGACCUACCUCACCGUCGCCGGGUCGAUUCUCACCACCGAGGCGCGUCAUCAGGGCUGGAUGAACUCGGCGGUCCUCAAGGAUGCGGCAUGGUCGGGCGGCUACGACACUCCCCUUGACUUCAACGAGGUCUUCUCCAUCGCUUCGGCCUUCAUCACCUCCUGCCCAGCCGAGAAUCCCGCUCUCCCCUUCAAGGCCUUCCCUGCACUUGCCAUCGGUAUGGACGGCGCGGUCACUACUCCCGCCAGCACCGAGGGCGCGUUCGUCCAGCUCGUCACAGGUCUCGGGUCCAAGACCUACCCAGUCGAGAAUGGCAAGGUUAUGCUUCCCCACGUCCAAGGUAUCUACUAUGGUGUACUCACCAGCUCGUCCGAUACCACCAAGGUCAACGAUGGAAACAUCCUCGCGGGCCCUAUGAUCUUCAACAACCCGUUCGACUCCAAGGCGUCUAACCCCGUUCCUACUUUGUAG